CUAAAUUAUGAUUGGUCCAUAAAAUCAUUUGGUGCUUCAUUCUUGUACUGAAAACGCCAAAUACGCUUUCAAAUCAAAAUGGAGGAUUUGUCGGUCGAGGUGUACGGUGAAAAUGGUGCUUAUUAUAAGGCCAUUGUCACCGACGUGCUCGACAACGAGGUUCUCGUAGCCUUUGAAAAUGACUGGCAGCCAGAAUCAAAGUUCCCAUUUUCGCAAGUCUUCUUGCCACCUAAAGAUACAAGCAAACAGAUAGAAUUUGUGGAAAACCAAGAGGUGGAAGUUUUAGCGAGAUCAAAUGAAAAGGAAGCAUGUGGGUGGUGGACUGCAAAUAUCAAGAUGAUGAGGGGUGAAUUCCUGGUCAUAGAGUACCUGGAGUGGGACAACUGCUAUACAGAGAUUGUGCCAAGAGACAGACUGCGGGUGAAACAGACCAAGACACCCAUUGAUAAGAACACCUUUCACAAGUUCGAGAUACCCGUGCCCGAAGACCUUAAAGACUACCUACACGAUAUGCACAGCGCGAAAGUGGAGAAUGCGCACAAGGAGUUUCAGAAGGCGAUCGGCGCGGCACUUGUCUGGUACGUGCCCGAGCGCGCCGUGCUCGCUGUUAUCUCUCGGUGUGACACCUCGCAGAAGCGCGCGCAGAUGCUCCACGAGAUGCAUUUCAGAAAUUUAACACAAAAGCUAUUACUGUUGAAAAAGACUGAAGAAGCAGCCAGGCAGCUGGAGUCAACUAAAAUACACAAUCAAGGCGGGUACACGGACGAGUUUAGCGUCCGCGAAGAUCUAAUGGGGCUGGCGAUUGGCACGCAUGGUGCUAACAUUCAGCAGGCCCGGAAAGUUGCUGGGAUCACCAAUAUCGAGCUGGAAGAGCUCACUUGCACCUUCAAGCUUUGUGGAGAGUCUGCCGAAGCUGUCCGUACUGCUCGCGCGCUACUUGAGUACGCCGAGGAGAUGGUGAAGGUGCCAAGGCAGCUGGUGGGGAAGGUGAUUGGUAAAAACGGAAAAGUUAUACAAGAGAUAGUGGACAAGACUGGUGUUGUCAGGGUGAAAGUAGAAGGUGACAAUGAGCCGCAACCGGUUGGGCCCCGUGAGGAAGGCAUGGUGCCGUUUGUGUUCGUGGGCACGAGGGAGAACAUCUCCGACGCCAAGGUGCUGGUGGAGUACCACGUGGCACAUCUCAAGGAAGUAGAGCAGCUCCGUGCGGAGAAGCAGGAGAUAGACCAGCAGCUGCGCGUGGUAAUGGGAGGCAGCUCGGUGUCGUACCCGCCUCCGCGUGGAGCCCCCGCCCAAAGAGCACGACGCAUGAGGCCUCCGCCCUCUACUCAGAGAUAUCCACCUGGCGGCAGACGCACGACACCGGAACUAGGAGAUGAUCGACCUGAACGCGGCGAAGGCUCUUACCGCGGGCGGACGAGGCCGCCGCGAAUUAACAGGUCGAGUGAGCGUCGCGGCGAAGAGAGGCGCGUCCCACUAGAGAACGGGCGUGCCCAUCCUAGACCGCCACGAGAUGCAAGAGACACUCCGCGAGACCAGAGGGAAAAUAGCGGCAGACGGCGUGAGGGCCGCGAAGUGAGGGAACCCGGCCGUCGGCAGACUGAUGAAGACAGCUCACCUCUCGACAGCCAAGACGUUUCCAGCGCCGAUCGAGUGGUGACGUGUGCAGAAUCCGUGUCUUCGGAGGGGACGCAGAACACCGAAGAGCAACCCGCUACUUCCAGGAGAAGGCGACGCAAGCAAGGAGGCGGCGGGUGGAAGAACGGCGUGAGCGGCGGCGGCGGCGAGGGCGGGCGAGCGGGCGCGGUCAAAGGCAAGCGCGAGGCCAAACCCAAAGGCGAGCCGCUCGUGAACGGCACAGCGUAGGGCCCUCGGUCGCCGUCGGUCGCCAUACGGGACGAGGCCCCACCGCUCGCUUCGGCCGGCCGUGACCCCGACUCGUCAACUUACAUUUCGAUUCUGACUCCGACUGCGGCGAAGCGGAUCACUCGUCAUAGGUCAUUUCAUUAUAAGUUUCUUCGCUCGGCCGACCCCGCGCUCGCCGAGCGGCGACGCUAUCGACGGUUUAGGUUUGCGUGUGUUAUAGCGUUUCUUCGACUCUGACUAACUAGAUAUAGGCCUCUAUCUCGUCCCGGUAUCGCGUCCGAGACGCUGUCACGUCGUGUGGUACGAUUUUAUUUUUAUUUGUAUGAUAUCAUUGAGUUGAUAUGUUAUUGAAGCGAGUGUCGCAUGCCACUCUCGUUUGUGACGCCCUGUCCAGUACGUACGUACUACGUUUACGGUGCACGCGGACGGACUCAGCCGAAGGCGGCUCUACUGACUGGACUCACUAGGCUGGGCGCAGCGCGUCGCCACGCCACUAGACUCACUCGUAUUAUGCUUUCGUAAGAGAUUCGUGAUUUGUAUUCGUGAUUACUCGAUUAUAUGAAAAAUUAAACAAUGUGUACGUCGCUCCCCCGGACGAUACUGAGCCGAGCGCGCCGAGCCGAAGCAAGGCCACGCGCGACUCGACUCCUAUAAAUAUAACAUUUCUGUACAUAUUUUCAA